AUGAUACGUUAUCAAUGAAUGACUCAUUUGUUUAUUGACUGUAAAACUAGUAAAGCAUUUGAUUUGAUAUAUGAAUGAUAUUCUUAAGGAUGUCUUCAUUGAUAUUAUCACUAAACAAGUUGUUUGUGUCCAAUGCUGUCCACACGCGACCCAUCUUUACGUCGGCCUGUCUUAUGGCUGAACCCAUGAGAAAGAAGAAACGAAUUGAUCCGCAACUGUUGAAGAGACGCGAAGAAAGAAAACUAAGAAAAUUAGAGAAAGAGAUCAAACGUCUUGAGGCGACACCAAAACAAUUGAAACCUAUUAUUGAAUUACAACUAACACCACAAGUAAUCAAAGAAUUAGAGCAAAGAAAAAGACAAGAAAUUAAUGACCAGAGUUUGCAGGAAUGGCAAAGAAUACACAAAUUGUGGUCAAUCUAUAAAUGUGAACAAAGAUUGGCUGAAAUCAAGUCAAUCACAUCAAUGGUUAAGUCACAGAAUAAUGCACUUAAAGUGUUGAGAAAUGAAUCCGAAGAACUAUAUCAGUCGGCCAUUAGUAUUGACGAUAAUUUAAUACCCUUUAAGACAAAUAAUGUCAAAAAAGAAACGCCAAAAGUGGAAGAAUAUGUGCCACCGGACGGCAAAAUGAAUGAUAUCACCAAACAGUGGGCCAUGUGAUGGAUCAGACCAUGUGAUGGAUCAGACCAUGUGAUGGAUCAGACCAUGUGAUGGAUCAGACCAUUUGUCAUCAACAAAAAAUUGAAAUAUAAACUGUUUUUAAUUUAUAUAUCAUAUAAUAAUAGAGUAUAUGGUAAUGAUAAUAAUACAAUGCACUUCAUUG